AACUACGCGCCGAGAGAUAAGUAUCGGAUCUUGGAGAAAUGAAAGGGCAAAAUGUAAAGCGCCUUCGCUCUUCUCUCCCUCUGUCUGUCUUCCUGCAGCGAGAACUACUCGGCACGAUAAUGGAGAUAUCGCGGCGAGGCGCUGACGGCAUGAUCCUGUGGGGCAGCUCGGCGGACCUGGAUACCGAGGCCAAGUGCAACGACUUCCGGGACUAUCUGCACGAGGUCUUGGGACCGACCUUGCUGCGCGUCCAGCGCCAGAUCAACAAUCUCGUGUGACAAACAUCGUUUGCGGUUGGUUAGCGCGAAAAACUGCGCGUGGCAAUUAUUGUUAUUCACAGUUGCCGAUCGAUAAUCAUUGUCGUCGUCGUCGUCGUCGUAGUACGAUGCAAUAUCUACAUCGUAUUGCAAUUCACACGUGACAUUUGGAAUACGAAGUGUCAGCGAAUGCGGGAACAAUAAAUUAAACGAAAAAUCCUUAUAUAUUUUUUUUCAUUUUCCAUCUUAUCUCUUUAAAACGA